AUGUACAUCACCCUCUACUACAUAGUCACCCGGCUCCCUGACUCCCUUCGCUCGGUCAGGGACCACUUCCUCUCUGUUUGCCCCACCACACUCACCGUUGACCUCCUCGAGGAGCGCCUCCUGGCAGCUGAGAAGAGUAUAGUCGCUGUAGGAGCCUCUCGAGGUGACCCUCGUGCCCCUGUCUUUGAGGGGUGCUCCCCCUCCCCCCUUUUGCCCUCUGUUGCCUCUGCUGCUGCCGUCGACUUCGUUGGCACCGAGUCGGUCGACGCUGCGUCUGCCCCUAGCGGGCGACGCCGCACCGGCAAGGGCAAGGGGGGCAAGGGCACUGGAGGGGCUGGCGGGGGCGGUGAAGGUGGCGGUGGAGGAGGCGGAGGGAGUGGGGGUGGUGGUGGGAGUGGUGGCGGGGGUGGGGGCUUCGGUGGCGGCGGUGGCGGCGGAGGCGGCGGCAGCGGUGGCGGUGGGAGCGGAGGAGGAGGCGGUGGCGGCGGUGGCGGAGGUGGCGGCGGAGGAGGUGGAGCUGGUCAGGGUGGCUCUGCGCAGCGGAGCGGCUUUGGUGGUGGUCAGCGCCAGCAGCAGCAGCGCACUCGUGAGACCCCGCCCCCCCAGCAGCUUCGUGAGUGGUACGCUUCGCGUCAGCGGGGUGGGGGUACUGGUCCCUGUACCUACGUCCUGCGUACCGGCGACCGUACGGGUGAGCAGUGCGGGGGUCCGCACCCCACCCAGCGCUGCUUCGGCCGCCUGACGGACGCCUGGCGUCUCCAGUUCCCUGACGCCACUGAGAUCCCUCGCUGGGGAGAGCUGCAGAGGUCGGGGGUUGCUAUCUUUGAUCUUGAUUAUGAUGCUAUUCUUGCUGCCAUGUAUGCUGUGUCUACUAGUGAUGAGGGUGACUGUUACCUGUGUGUUCCGCCUGACCCGGGCAUUGAGGUUGCUGCUCUAGGUGCUGGUGAGGCUACUGCUCUAGGUGCUAGUGCGUCUGCUGCCCCAGGUGCUGGUGAGUCUGCUCUCUCAGGUACCACGUCGGCUCAGGCCUUACACACCUUCACCCUCGACUCGGGUGCUUCCCGCUCCUUCUUUCGAGACCGCACCAUGCUUACGCCGCUUAGUCGGCCGGUUGCGGUCUCCCUGGCGGACCCCUCUGGGGGUCCUGUCCUUGCUCACUUCUCCACUGUGUUACCGUGUCCGGCAGCCCCCUCUGGCACCCUGUCAGGUCUCUACCUCCCCUCGUUCUCUACGAACUUGGUGAGUGGUGCUGAUCUACAGGAUGGGGGGGUUGACCAGUUCACUCCUGCGAGUCAGCGGGUGACCCACUGUACGUGUGCUCGGACGGGCCGACACUUGGCCACGUUUACCCGUCGGCCGGGGUCGAGCCUGUACACACUGACUACUGAGUCUCCUCAGGUUGCUGAGUCUGGUCAGGUGUUUGCUGCAGCGUCCAGGUCUGGUCCUGAGUCUGCUCCCUGCUCGUGUCGUCUCCUGUCCCACCAGACUCUCCUCUGGCACCACCGCCUUGGUCACCCCUCCCUGCCUCGUCUCCGAGGCAUGGCCUCCCGUGUCCUUGUCUCUGGUCUCCCGCGGUCCCUCCCUCCCCUCCCUCCGGGGCCUGCCCCUACCUGCGGUCACGAGCGUUACUUCCUGUUGGUGGUUGACGACUACUCGCGUUACACCACGGUGUUCCCCUUGCGCAGCAAGGGUGACGUCACUGAGGUGUUGAUCGACUGGAUCCGCGCGGCUCGUCUCCAGCUCAGAGACAGUUUCGGCUCGGACUUUCCGGUUCUGCGUCUGCACUCUGACAGAGGCGGGGAGUUUUCCUCUGCCCUUCUGGGAGCCUUCUGUCAUGCACAGGGCAUCCGCCAGACCUUCACGCUUCCGGCCUCUCCACAGCAAAAUGGGAUUGCUGAGCGCCACAUUGGCAUGGUCAUGGACGUCGCUCGUACGUCCAUGAUCCAUGCGGCUGCUCCCCAUUUUCUGUGGCCGUUUGCGGUUCGGUACGCAGCGCAUCAGAUCAACCUUCAGCCCCGGGUCUCCUUGCCGGAGACCUCCCCCACCUUGCGGUGGACGGGGAAGGUUGGCGAUGCGUCUACGUUUCGUGUCUGGGGAUCUCGGGCGUUUGUCCGCGACUUGUCUGCGGACAAGCUGUCCCCUCGUGCUGUUCCCUGCGUCUUCCUUGGCUUCCCCUCUGACGCGCCUGGUUGGCAGUUUUACCACCCCACCUCGCGCCGUGUUCUGUCCUCCCAGGAUGUCACCUUUGACGAGUCGGUGCCUUACUACCGUCUCUUCCCCUACCGCACUGUGCCCCUCCCCCCGCCGCCGCUCUUCCUUGCACCAGGUCCCUCCCCGGUAGACCCCCUCACCCCUCAGGGUCCUGCCCCGUCAGGUGUGUCCCAGGUAGACGCAGUCGAACCUGUCGAGGUAGCUGUUGACUCUGGUGCUGCUAGGGGUGCUGAGCCUGGGGGUGCUGAGUCUGGGGGUGCUGAGUCUGGGGGUGCCGAGCCUGGGGGUGCGGAGCCUGGGGGUGCGGAGCCUGGGGGUGCUGGGCCUGGGGGUGCGGAGCCUGGGGGUGCUGAGCCUGGGGGUGCGGAGCCUGGGGGUGCUGGGUCUGCUCGUGUGGCCUCUGGCGGUGCUGGGUUUGGGGCCCCUUUGGGUGCUUCGUCGAGGCGGGAGCUACCCUCUCCACAGGAGCUGCGCGAGUGGUUUGACCGGCGCUGGAGCCGUGCUGGUGGAGCUGGAGGUGCUGCUGUUACUGUUGACCCUGGGGUCGGCACUAGAGUUACUGGAGCCACUGGUCCUGGAGGUGCUCGUACUGGCGGUACUGGAGCUGCUGGGACUGGGGGUGCUGCUGGGGCUGCUGGAGUUGGUCCUGCUGGAGUCUGA